CUUAACAAAAAACUAAAUAAAUUCAAACAAUACUUCGAUACUUAGUGAUUUUAGUAUGUACCGUACCCUUACUGCUUUCAUAUCCUGAGUCUAGAAUAACAAGAACCUAACGAAAACACUAUGGCCUACAGCGGGCAGUAUGGACAAUAUGGUACUGCUAUGAAUCCGGAAGUUAAUGGUGAAAGACACGAUAGUUUAUUUUUUAAUGGCGAUACCCCAGAUGCUCAGCUGGCAUCGCAGGUAAAUGCUCAAAUGAACUUAGGGCCGCAAAUACCUGGAUAUCCUCAAGAGAGGAAAAGGACACGUCGGCAUAGAGAUGCCCAUGCUUAUGAUUUGUCUUUAAUGGAACCAGAAGCCAAUUAUUUACCUCCAUUGACACCUUCCACUCCUUUAGCACCCGCUGCACAACCUCUUGAUACGAGUGGUGUAAGUUCGGAAGCAGUACACGAAGAUACGAACCUUUUAGAUCCUAAAACAUUACCUUCUGUUCCUGAUGCUCGCUUUCAAGAUCAGUCGACCUACAAAAACUACAUUUUUAACUCAAUGGACAAGGCCAAUCCACCUUUGUCGACCACUGACUUUAUUGGAUAUGAACAAAAUAAUUCGUCUUCGAAAUUUGUGCAGAUGACUACUUAUGCCAUUCCAUCUUCUAACGAUGUUUUGAAUACUUCAGGUUUACCAUUGGGUAUGAUCGUGCAACCAUUUGCUGAGACUCGUCCCGAUGAGGCUCCUGUUCCCGUGGUUGAUUACACAACAUCAAGUCCCCCUCGCUGUAAGAAAUGUCGGGGGUAUAUUAAUCCAUUUGUACAGUUUACUCUGUCACGUAGUGGUUGGACCUGCAACCUCUGUGGUUCCGAAAAUAGUCUCAGUAACGAUGUUUACAAUCCUAUGCUCUUUACGAACCAACAGAACGGUUUCAGUUCUCAACCUGAACUCAAUGUGGGGACGGUUGAUUUUGAAGUUGGAAAGGACUAUUGGGCUGCUGAGGAAAGCCCUCAACCUGCUCAAUAUGUAUUUGUAAUUGAUGUAUCCUAUGAGGCUACCUCAAAAGGUAUCCCCAAGAUAGCCGCUGAGGCAAUUCGAGAUAUACUUUAUGGUCCUACCCCGUUACAUCCCUCCAUUAGAGUUUCUAUUAUUGCUUUUGACCGGAAUGUGCACUUCUUUUAUUUGACACCAAACUUGGAACAGCCUCGUAUGAUAUCUGUUGCUGACUUGGAGAAUCCUUUUGUUCCUUUUAAAAAUGGUUUAUCAGUUGAUCCAAUGGAAUCGAGAGCUGUAAUUGAGCGUCUUUUAGAUACUCUUCCUUCAAUUGUAGAGGACAUAAAAGUACCAGAACCUACUGUCGGUAAUGCAAUGGAAUGCAUUAAGCACCUCCUUAAGGAGACUGGUGGAAAAUCAUUUUUGUUUGUAAGUGCACUCCCUACCAUGGGAUUAGGACGACUAAGAUAUCGGGAGGAUCAAAGACUUUAUGGUAAUCCUGAAGAGAAAAAUCUUUGGAACACUCAAGACAAAUGGUAUUCCCUCUUAGCAGAUGAGUUAGUUACCUCAGGAAUAUCUAUAGAUAUAUUUUUUACGCCUACUGCUUACGUCGAUGUCGCUACAGUUGGGAGUGUUGCUACAUUAACAGGAGGACAAGUAUGGUACUAUGGAAACUUCGUGCCUGAAAGGGAUGGACCACGACUUAAACAAGAUUUAUACCGUAGUGUUACCCGUGAACAAGGUUUUCGAGUGAUGCUUAAGACUCGUUGCUCAAAUGGUCUACGCGUCUCUAGAUAUCUUGGUAACUUUUUGCAAAGAACCCCACAAGACAUUGAAUUGGGUGGUUUAGAUGCCGAUAAAAGUAUCGGGAUGUUGUUUAACUUAGAAGGAAAAUUAAAUAAUGCAUUGGACGCUCAUUUCCAAACAGCAAUCCUCUACACAACACCGAUGGGAAGUCGCAGGGUACGUGUCAUUAAUUAUUGUUGUGCAGUGACUUCACGCAACUAUGAUACUAUAUCUCUUGCUUGUGUUGAACCGUUAGUCGGAAUCUUCUCUAAAAUUGCUUCCAUGAAUAUGGCGACGGAGUCUUUGAAGGCAAUCGCAACCAAACUGGUAGAAGGUAUUGUUAAACUUUUGUCUUGUUAUAGAAAGGUUGCGUCUAGUCGGUUAACCCCAGGACAGUUGGUGCUUCCAAAGCAUUUAAUUUUGUUACCAAUUUACAUGUUGUCAGUGCUAAAGUCUUCUGCCUUUCGAAAUGGCAGUAUCCAUAGUGAUGUACGAGUAUCACAAUUUAGAUUUAUUCGUGCAUCUCCUUUAUCUCAAUUAAUGCUCAACUUGUAUCCUCAAAUCUAUGCUUUACAUUCUUUGCAACCAAAUGAGUGCAUCCCCAAUGCGGAUGACCCUGGAUGUACACCUAUUGAAUACCCAUUAUGUGUGAGAGCUUCAAGAAAAUUUAUCGAAGACGGAGGUGCUUUCUUAAUCGUCACUGGACAAAAAGUUUUCUUGUGGUUGCACCAAAGAACUUCCCCAUUACUGUUACAGGAUUUGUUAGGAGUGAAUCAGUUAGAACAAAUUGAUUCCAUGAAAGCUUGUGAAUUGCCAGAAAUGGAUAACCUACUUUCUAUCCAAGUUCGAAACUUGCUGUCAGCUUUGAAGUUGCAAUAUCCUCAUAUAUCAAUGCAACCACAAAUUGUCCGCCAAGGUAUAGAUGGGAGUGAGGGUGAAGUCUUUUCUACUUUAGUUGAAGAUCCUUCAAGAGAGGGAGUGGGCUACGUUGAAUUCUUAACCAUGAUCCAUGAAACUUUACAUAGUCAGGGUUUUAAAUAGGCUUCUAUGCAAUUCACUCUUGACAUCAUUCUCUCUUUUAAAAAGAACUAGAAGUUACGAGAUUCGUUACGAAGUUAAUAUUAGUUUGUUUUUUUUUUUUUUUU